GAGUAACUGGAAGCGUCGGAUUAAACAGGAGCUCAAAGACGCUUUGAUAGAAGAGAUAAAAGAAGAAGAGAAACGGGAUAAAUAAUCGCACAAGCCAGGACGUUUCAGCACAUUUUGUUUUUAAACUUUUUUUCAGAGGAUUUUCAUUUAAAGGGGGCACUUGAGAUUUGAAGAUGGUGCUGUGUGGCAUCUUUUUGCUGUUGAUGCUUUGGAGUUGUGAGGGCGCACGGCUGGCAGAGAGUCGGGAUGACAAUAGUGUGUAUGACUUAUUCGAUCUGAGCGGAGCAAACAAGAGACAACACGGAGUGAGUUUGGUCAAAGGCGCAGACCCCUACAGCAAAGCGUACAAGAUCCUGAACGCAGACCUGAUCCCCCCGGUCCCCGACAGCUCCUUCAGGGACCUCCUCGACUCCAUUCAGGCUGAGCGAGGCUUCCUCCUCCUCGUCAACUUAAAGCAGUUCAAGAAAACCAGGGGCAGCAUUUUAACUAUUGAGAAGAACGACCAGUCCGGACCCCUUCUCGAGAUCGUUUCCAACGGGAAGGCGAACACCCUGGAUGUGGUCUACUCCACCGCCAACCAGCAGCAGGUCGUGUCCAUAGAGGACGCGGACUUGGCCACGGGACACUGGAAGAACCUCACGUUGUUCGUUCAGGAUGACCGGGCGCAACUUUUCGUGGGCUGCGAGGAGAUCAAUGCGCGAGAGUUGGACGUGCCAAUCCAAGACGUGCUAUCACCGGAGGUGGCAGACAUUGCCAGACUGAGGAUUGGAAAGGGAGCCAUGAAGGACAAAUUUAUGGGUGUACUUCAGAAUGUGCGCUUUGUCUUUGGGACCACUCUUGAUGCCGUACUGAGAAAUAAGGGAUGUCAAAGUGGAGCUACCUUAACUGAUGUCAUGACCCUGGACAACCCAGUGAACGGCUCCAGCCCUGCCAUUAGGACUGAUUACACCGGCCACAAAGCCAAAGACCUGCAAUCUGUGUGUGGCUUCUCCUGCGAGGACAUCGCCAGCAUGUUUAAGGAGCUCAGGGGACUCAAUGUGGUCGUUAGACAGCUGUCGAAUGAGCUCCAGAAAGUGUCUAGAGAAAGCACAUCCCUGAUAAAUCAAAUGAACCUCCAUGAUCGAAUCUGCAUCCACAAUGGCAUCAUGCACAACGACAAAGAUGAAUGGACCGUGGACGGCUGCACAGAGUGCACUUGCCAGAAUGGUGCUACUGUGUGUCGCAAAAUCUCCUGCCCCUUGAUCCCAUGUGUUAAUGCCACUGUGCCUGAUGGAGAGUGCUGCCCUCGCUGCGGAACACCAAGCGACUAUGCAGAGGAUGGCUGGUCCGCCUGGUCUGACUGGACCCAUUGUUCAGUGACUUGCGGCCGUGGCAUCCAGCAGCGUGGACGCUCCUGCGACCGCAUCAACAGCAAGUGUGAAGGCACCUCUGUCCAGACCCGUGACUGCUACCCGCAGGAAUGUGACAAACGCUUCAAACAGGAUGGAGGCUGGAGCCACUGGUCGCCCUGGUCCUCAUGCUCUGUGACCUGUGGGGAGGGAGUCAUCACCCAAAUCCGACUGUGUAACUCCCCCACUCCUCAGAUGGGUGGCAGGGACUGCCAGGGAGAGGGACGUCACACCAAAGUCUGCAAGAAAUCACCCUGUCCUAUUAAUGGAGGUUGGGGACCUUGGUCACCAUGGGACACCUGCAGCGUUACCUGUGGUGGAGGAAUCCAGAACCGCAAACGCCUCUGCUCCGACCCUGCCCCCAAAUUUGGUGGAAAGGACUGUGUUGGAGACGCUACAAUGUCUCAGAUUUGCAACAAACAAGAAUGUCCCAUUGAUGGUUGUCUCUCCAACCCGUGCUUCUCUGGUGCCAAGUGCAUCAGCUUCCCUGAUGGCUCCUUCAAGUGUGGUAGGUGUCCACUUGGCUACACUGGAGACGGCAUCACCUGCGAAGACAUCGAUGAAUGCAAAGAGGUCCCUGAUGCUUGCCACACUCAUAACGGAAUCCAUCGAUGUGAGAACACUGAGCCAGGUUACAACUGUCUGCCCUGCCCUGCACGUUUCUCUGGUCCUCAGCCCUUUGGAAGAGGAGUGGAACAAGCAACUGCUAAAAAACAGGUUUGCACUCCUCGCAACCCUUGCCAGGAUGGUAGCCACGACUGCCAUAAAAAUGCAAACUGUGUCUACUUGGGCGUCUUCUCCGAGUCCAUGUUCCGCUGUGAGUGCAAGCCAGGGUAUGCCGGCAACGGCCGCAUUUGCGGAGAGGACACAGACCUGGACGGAUGGCCCAACACUGAACUGCUGUGUGUGGAGAAUGCCACUUACCACUGCAAAAAGGAUAACUGCCCCAGCCUUCCCAACUCUGGUCAGGAAGACCAUGACAAAGAUGGCCUUGGAGAUGAAUGUGACCAUGAUGAUGACAAUGAUGGGAUCCCCGAUGACAGGGACAACUGCCCAAGAGUAUACAACCCUGCCCAGUACGAUGCAGACCGGGAUGAUGUUGGUGACCGCUGUGACAACUGCGUGUUUGAAGCUAAUACCGAUCAAACUGACACCGACAACAAUGGAGAGGGUGACGCCUGUGCUGUGGACAUUGAUGGCGAUGGUAUUCUGAAUGAGAACGACAAUUGCCCGUAUGUCUACAACGUGGAUCAGAGAGACACUGACAGGGAUGGUGUGGGAGAUCACUGUGAUAACUGCCCUCUGGAGCACAACCCUGAUCAGAUCGACUCUGACUCAGAUCGCAUAGGAGACAAGUGUGACAACAAUCAGGACAUUGACGAGGACGGUCACCAGAACAACUUGGACAACUGCCCCUACAUCCCUAAUGCCAACCAGGCAGACCACGACAAGGAUGGCAAGGGUGACGCCUGUGACCACGAUGAUGACAAUGAUGGCAUCCCUGAUGACAAAGACAAUUGUAGACUGGCCUUUAACCCCGAUCAGGUGGACUCUGAUGGUGACGGUCGUGGUGAUGUGUGCAAAGACGAUUUUGACCAAGACAAUGUUCUGGACAUUUAUGAUGUGUGCCCGGAGAACUUUGACAUCAGUGAAACAGACUUCCGCAGAUUCCAGAUGGUUCCGCUAGACCCCAAGGGCACCUCUCAGAUUGACCCCAACUGGGUGGUCCGGCAUCAGGGCAAAGAGUUGGUGCAGACUGUCAACUGUGACCCUGGCAUUGCAGUUGGUUACGAUGAGUUCAGCGCUGUGGAUUUCAGUGGAACCUUCUUCAUCAACACGGACAGAGAUGACGACUAUGCUGGGUUCGUUUUUGGCUACCAGUCCAGCUCCCGCUUCUACACAGUGAUGUGGAAACAGAUCACACAGACCUACUGGUCCCACACACCCACAAGAGCUCAAGGUUACUCUGGGUUGUCGAUCAAAGUGGUCAACUCCACCACGGGUCCUGGUGAGCACCUGAGGAACGCCCUGUGGCACACUGGAGACACCGCAGGACAGGUGCGCACUCUGUGGCACGACCCCAAGAACAUCGGCUGGAAAGACUUCACUGCCUACAGAUGGCACCUGACCCACAGACCCAAGACUGGACUUAUUAGAGUGGUUAUGUAUGAAGGCAAGAGAAUCAUGGCCGAUUCUGGAAACAUCUACGACAAGACGUAUGCUGGUGGGCGACUAGGCUUGUACGUCUUCUCUCAGGAGAUGGUUUACUUCUCAGAUCUCAAAUACGAAUGCAGAGACACAUAAUUUGACCACAGCGCCUUCCAGAAGAAUGUAUGAAGCUAUGACAUGAGACCUGGAUUCCCUUUUCACUUUUCCCUUGAGAAAUGCACAUUGGAGGUAUUGGUGAGCUAACAAUGAGGUUCAGUGACCUCAGGAGUUAAAGCCAAAUGAAAGUUCAAUGAUAAUUCUCCACCACUGCUCCAAACUCAAAUUGUGAUCGCAGCUCUGAUCAGAAGAAAUCGGCUCGCUAACUUCGCUCUGAUCUGCAUUGAAAGAGGGCCACAUUUUAUUGCUUUGCACACCUGAACUGUUGGUGGUAUUCCUCUGUGGAUGAGGGACCUAAGGGAAGAGUGUUUUUAACUUUUUUAAUUAUUAUUUUUGAGCAUUAUUACACAUCUGCUGUGGACUCAAACAUACUUGUUUCGGUAUGAAGCAGCAGGAAAGCGUUUUUAGGCUGGGGUAGAAGUACCCUUUGAAGGAACUGUUGAGGGACCAUGGACAGUACGGACCGACUGUUACUAUCAAAGAGAGUGAAUGCUGUUUGUGUGCUUGUGCAUGUGUGCCGACAGGCAUAGUUAUGAAGACAACCAAGUCAAAAAUUUUAAUUCUUCUGAUGACCCCCUCAAACUAGUGUACAUAUAUAUGUAAAGUCUUGCAUUUAGCUGAGGCUUAGGGCUGGCCCAAAACAUUCGUCUUCUCAGGAAAGAGCACUAGAAGAAACAAGGAGAGCACAAAUUUCAGGACAGCACAGGGCCCCAAAGCAGGCAAACUACACCCUGCUUUGGAACAAAAAUUAUUAGCGAAUACUAUGUUAUUAUCUUUACUGAAUGUGUCAAGGGACAUAAACAGCGAGGGCCAGUCUAUUUCCUAAGAGUAUUUUGAGUAUGGCUGUUUGUAUCCACUUUAAUUCUCAUUUCUGCAUCUUAAAAUCCUUUCAAAAUAUAGAAUUGGACCAAAACAGUAACAUGU